AUGGUACCACUUGGACCGUCACCAGGCCAUCAAACAUCCGUCAAUAAUACCGCAACUGCUCCAGCUAGUGGCACUAAAAGUAGCUCUACAUUGGCGAGUAAACUUAUUAAUUCGUACCUUGUACUUUCUAUCUUACAGUAAUAUCUUCCGCUCUUCUCCGUUUUCUUAUUGCACGGUAUCUUUAUUAUCUCGGUAUCUCUCUUCUUCUUUCUGCAAAACAUUUUAUGAAAAUUUGUGCCUUUGUGCCUUUUGAUUUUUGUAGAAACCAAAUUAUACUUUGAAGUACACGUUGGCAGGUCACACCAAAGCAGUCUCCUCUGUAAAGUUUAGUCCUAACGGGGAAUGGCUCGCAAGCUCUUGUAAGUAGAAACGUUUCCAAUCUAAUUUUGUUCAUCUUACAACUGUCGCGACUUUUGUCGAAACUUGAUUAAUUUUUUGCUCGCAGCUGCGGAUAAGUUAAUCAAGAUAUGGGGAUCCUACGAUGGAAAAUUUGAGAAAACUAUAUCCGGCCAUAAACUAGGUAUUUCGGAUGUCGCGUGGUCCAGCGACAGCAGACUAUUAGUAUCUGCUUCCGACGAUAAAACUUUAAAAAUAUGGGAAUUAAGUUCCUUUGACGAAAGCGUUCGGAUAUGGGACGUGAGAACUGGAAAAUGCCUGAAAACGUUACCCGCUCACUCGGAUCCUGUAAGUGCGGUUCAUUUUAACAGGGACGGUUCUCGAAUUUGGGACACCGCAUCCGGCCAGUGUCUGAAAACGUUGAUCGACGAUGACAAUCCUCCUGUAUCUUUUGUAAAGUUUUCGCCAAACGGGAAAUAUAUUUUAGCGGCGACGUUGGACAAUACGUUAAAACUCUGGGAUUAUAGCAAAGGAAAAUGUCUGAAAACAUACACGGGUCAUAAAAAUGAGAAAUAUUGCAUCUUUGCAAAUUUUUCAGUUACCGGAGGGAAGAUGUAGUACUGUGUACGACGUGUCAUCCGACCGAUAACAUUAUAGCCUCAGCCGCCCUUGAAAACGAUAAAACCAUCAAAUUAUGGAAAAGCGACACAUAGAAUAUACGAUUUUAUUAAAAAUAUUCUACAAAACGCGUUUGUAUUUUUUAGAAAAUCGUCUUAUCCGAUUUUUUUUUCUUUACUUUUUAAAAUUUUUAUACUCAUUAAAAAUUUCCAAUCUCAAUGAAAUUGAUAAUUUUAAUAGAAUAUACAGUUCGCAUCUCUCUUUCGAACAGUCGUAGAAAGUAGAAUUUGUUUUUAUACAGUUAGGUAUUACAAGAUUACCCCACUAUUGCUAUAAUCGAAUAGCAAGCGCAAUAAAUUUAAAUUAUUACGGAUCGGUUUAGCAGGGAACAAAUUCGAAAGUAAACAGCUUUUUGGCGAACAGUUUUCUAACGCAAUGUUUCAAGCAUAACCGGUUUAGGCUUUACGUUUGUAACUAUGUAAUUUACUUGUAAAGCAAGCAUGUUUUUCUUUCUAUUUAUACGAUAAUAAAAGAUUAAGCAACGUGUAUAUAAUACUUU